CCGUUUGCCAUGCUCCUGAGGAGCAGACGCACACACCGCCCCCCGCCAUGCACAUGGAAAGACAGACAGAGAGAGGGCGAUGAUGGUACAGCAGCAGCAGAUAGUCUCACCACACACACAUUCACACACGCGCAUUCAUCCCAUCCAGGUUAAACUGACCCCGCCCACUCUGGGCAAAACCAGGCACAGAACCAGGCGUUCAGGCACGCAACCAAGCAGAAGGGCAGAAACAAUCGCCCCCUGCCCUGCCUCACUGUUUGGCCUCUUCUUGUUUGGGUGGUGGCGGGCCGCCCUUGGAAGUGCCCACCUUGGCCGGCCGCAGCACCCUCUCCUUGAUGCGAUAACCGCUCUUCAACACGUGAACCACCGUGCCUUUGUGCUGUUUGACAGAACAUAUGCAGACACAGAGGAGAGAGAUGGAUGAAUGGAUGGAUGGCGUAUCAGGGGAGGGGAGGGGUUUGAGCGUGCCUUCGUGGCGUCUUCGACUUCGAAGAGCGCCUCGUGCUUGGAAGGGUCGAACCUCUCACCCAUCUGCACACACACACACACACACACACACAUACACACAUACACGCAUGUUCAUUCCAUAUGGGCGCCUUCGUUGACGUACUGGGGUGUAUUUCUCGAUGUCGAAGUUGUCGAAGGCUUUAUGCAUCUGCGCCUCGGUCAGCUUGACGCCGUUGUAGAUCUGUUUCAGCUCCUCGUUCGUCCCCUGCUCGCACCACACACACACAUACACACACAUCCAUCCAUCUCUCUCUCCCUCUGUGCGUGUGUGCGAUUGCGUGGCAUGGUUACGAUUUUGCCUUCGUCGAUGUGGUCGGUGGCCAGCUCCAGGCUGUCGGCAACGUCGAGCAUGGCCGACGCAAACUUGGAGAUGCCAUACUUGUUGGCAUUCUCAACCUGUCACACACACACGAGCACACACACACACAACAGACGCCUGAUGGAUGGAUGAGUGAGUGAGUUGGGCGUGUUGCUGCUGCGGCUGUGCGUACCUCUCUCUGGUAUCGGACUCUGGCGUUCUCCUGCUCAGCGAGGCACCUCAUGAGUUUGUCCUGGAGCUCCUUGACCUUCUUGGUCGACUCUUUGGCGGUCUUCUUGAGCUGCAGGUACUCCUCCUCGCUCAGAUUCUCGGGGAUCUCUUCCUCCUCCUCGGCAGCACCCUCACCCUGACCAUGAUCAACAGACCAUCAGCAAUGGACACACAACACAGAGUGAUGCAUGAAUCCCUCCCUCACUCUCUCUCUCUCAUCCUGAUCCAUCCAUCCAUCCAUGCACUCCAUUGCCCACCUGCUCGGCCUUCUUGGUGUCCUCCUCUUUGUCCUUCCCGCCCUCCUUGUCCUUCUCUUUGUUGCCCUUCGACGCAUCUGCACACACACACACACACACACAGACAACACACACGCCAUGCUGUCGUGUAUCUCUUUGCAACCACUGUGUGUAUGUGUCUGUCUGUCUGUCUACCAUUGGCAAAGAAUCUCGCUCCAGCACCGACACCACAUCUCGCCUGCCAUGGCGCGUACGGCGCACUCGGCGCACCCAGCCUCCAAUCACCACAGUCAGCAACACGGUGAUGCAGCCACCAAGAAGACACUCGCCUGUCGGCAGCAUGGCCGAUGGUGCUACUGCAGACGCCUCUCUGCCUCAUCAGCACGGCUGCAGCGAGUGUGGGCGACCGCCAUCUCAUCGCAGAGGUCGUAGACAGGGAGGGGAGGGAGGGGAGGGGCGCCUGAGGGGGUGGGACGGAUGGAGGACGGUGCAGCAGGGAUGAACGCAUGAUGCUCAUUCACGGGAUCUACGCAGGAGCAGAGGGAUCGGAU